UACAAUAUAAAGUGCUCCAGUAAGACUGUGCUUUUCAAUUGCAGUCCGCGGGGACCAGCAAUUUGAGCUUGGUUCAAUCAAAUAAUUAUCCCUGAACUGCAUUAUACUUCAAACGUUUCCAGUGUGCUUCUUACUUGGUGAUAAUAGGACAUGGCUGCUGCUUAAAAAAAUGCAACAACUGGUCAAAUAUGCCUAAACUAGACUGUGAACUACACAGCAGUUGUCUUAACCAGAUUAAAGAGCCUUGCUGUGAUGUCGUUGAGAGUUUAAUAGGAAGAGCAAAGUGGGCGGCCCAAAGAAAAACUGUAGAAGGAAGGAAGGGUGGUGAAGUGAACAGAAGAGCUUCAAGUGGGGGGAGUGAGAGCAGACAAGGAAUAGCCAGGAGAGUAGCUGCUAACAGGGAGAGCCUGAAAGAGCUUGACGCUUAACUUAUUAAACAUGGGAUGUAAGGUGUUCAUUAUGAAGUGUUUUGUGGGCUUCUGGGACUAUGAGACACCAAAGAUCAUGGUGGUUAAAAAUAUGACCCUGGGAAUAAUCUACAGAAUCGUACAGCUUCUCAUUGUCACCUACUUCACUUGGUAUGUAUUUAUCAGUCAGAAGGCCUACCAAGAGAGUGAAACUGGACCUGAGAGUUUCAUCUACACCAAGAUGGAAGGUGCUGCAAUCUCAGGAGAUAACGUGCAGGACACUGUGGAGUAUUCAAGGCCACCUGAGGGUGGUGAUGUUAUCAGCGCAAUUCUACGGAAGGAAGUAACACCAAACCAGAAACAAGGGGUAUGUGCAGAGCACUUUGCUGUUCCAAAGGCUAAUUGCACAAAGGACUCUGACUGCAUCCCUGGGAGAACAGACAUGAGAGGCAAUGGGCAGAGGACAGGAAGCUGUGUGCAGUACUACAAUUUCACCUUCAAGACCUGUGAAAUAAAGUCCUGGUGUCCAAUUGAGGAGUUUGCAGCUAUCCGUGAACCAGAACUGAAAGAGGCCAUCAAUUUCACUGUUUUAAUUAAAAACACCAUCCAUUUCCCCAAGUUCCGAGUUGCAAAGUCGAAUGUGAUGCGAAAGAGGAGCAAAUAUUACCUGCAGUCUUGCCACUACAACGAAGUGACUGAUAUCUACUGUCCAAACUUCAAACUGGGAUAUAUUGCUGAGCAGGCGGGGGAGAAGUUCUCUGAACUCUGCAAGACUGGUGGGGUAAUUGGUGUGUUCAUCAACUGGAACUGCAAUCUGGACCUGGACCCUUCUGAGUGUAAGCCAAAAUACUCUUUUAGACGGCUGGAUCUGCGCAAAAACCAUGCCUCCUCAGGCUACAAUUACAGGUUUGCGAAGUACUACAGUGAAAAUGGAACUGAGGUUAGAACCAUGAUUAAAGCCUUUGGGAUGCGGAUUGAUGUCAUUGUUCAUGGUCAGGCAGGAAAAUUCAGCAUCAUCCCAACAAUUAUCAACAUGGUCACAGCCUUGACAUCAGUGGGAAUUGUCUCGUUUCUCUGUGAUUGGAUUCUGCUGACAUUUAUUGACAAAGAUGAGGUGUACAGUGAGAAAAAGUUUGAUGAGAUCUGCAAGCACUCAAGCAAUACCCCAGAAAUGGAUAUCACCAUGGUAAGCCACGACACCACCCAUACAGACUUGUCUGAUAGUGUACAACUCUGAUCAUGCUUGCCUGUCUACCCCCUGGUCUCUUUCACCAUUUUUGCUAAGGCAUCCUUCCAAACUGAAAAAAAAAAAUUGGGAACAGUGCUUUGAAUCAAGGGGGGCAAAAGUGUGUGCCAGUGCAAGGAGCAUUGUGAACUCUUUUCGGUAUUCUAGAUGAUAUCAUUUCAUGUGGGAUCCAUUGAGCCAUAAGAAGUGUGCAAGUCAGUGGGUGCAAAGCCAAUUGGAUAACCAAAUGCGGAAAUGCAGACAAUAAACCAAACUUUGGACAAAUGCUCACUUAAUGGGGCUUUUCAUGUGCCUUCUGUGUUCUAGUCUUUCCACUGCCGAUGUUUAAUUGUGCUAAAUUAAAGCCUCCAACAUUUAAGAACUUUAAUAAUAAAGCAUUUAAUUCUGCUGAACUACCUCGGAAGCCGAAUGUCUCAUGUUUCUCAUUACUGUUGGUUCUAAAGAACAGCUAUGGAU